GCCCACCAAUGGAGAAUCUGUUCGGGGUGAACGCGAAGCGGCAGGUGGUGGACGAACUGCAGAGGGCGGCUCUCCAGCAAGGCGGUGAUGCGUACGAGGGGUGGCACAAUGAUCGCGCCGAUGACGCUGAGUUUGACAAUGAUGGGAGGAGCUCUUCCUUCACGUCGAAGAACGAGCGCUUUUCCUUCUUCACGGUGGCUGAGGGAGAAGUGAAGGAGCGGCGGUUUGAUUCAUUGCCGAUGAUGAGCAUGGCGCCAGCAGCGACAAACGUGUCGGUGAUGGCAAUGUGCAACGACGUGCUGGAGUACUGUACCACGAGCCGGUGCAGUACGCACAGCAGCAGCUGGUCGUCGGUCAGCUCUAGGCGGCAACCGCGCAAAGAAGGAGCUGACAGAGGAAGUGGAGUAGGAGGUGAAGAAGAUGAAGAGGAAAGAAAAGCAAUGGAGCUGCGCGGGGAGGUGGUCGGUUCCGAUGGAAUCUCUUGUGUUGAUGACGAUGGUGGUGGUGGCGGCGGUGGUGCUUGUGGCGGCAAUGGUGGUGAUGGUGAUAGUUGUGAUGGUGGCGAAAGCAGUGAUGUCAGUAGGGGAAAUGAAGGCGGUGCGGGGUCACUCCAAGGGUCCGAACGCCCUCCCAGUGGUGGCUCUGAUGCCACGACCCUCGCCUCAGCUGAUGUGACCGGUGAGAUGGACCCAGCGUCAGUGAUGUCAGCUGAGCCAGAGCUGGACAGUGCGAGUGCAGCUGCAGAUGGCGAGAGGGACUCGGGUGGCCAUGUGUCCAUCGAUGGUGAGUUGACCCUCGUGCAUGACCCUAGGGAUAUUCCAUCAUCCCUCAUUUCCUCUCAGUCAAAGGACUCGCACCUUGGGGACAAAGUGGCGUGUGGAUUGCUCUCCCGUAGCGAACGGCCCACAGUCAUGAGUCCUGCGCUGUCAACUACCUCCAAAUCUAAAGCACGGUCAAGAGGAGGAGGUGGUGGAGGAGAAAACAUGAUGCCCAGACCCAGCUCAAAUCCCAGUCUGAACUCCAGUCACCGCAGCCACCGCAGUCGUCGUUCGGCUGCGUCCACUGACCAGAAAGGGCGAGGAGAGCUCUUGGCAAAUAAUUGCCACCCUUCGCACAGAACGAGCAGCAUCCGGGAGGUAAGUGAUGAUGGCGCACGCUCUACGGUGCAAUGCGAGGAGGGGGAGGUGGGGAAGGAAAAUGACGACGACAAUGGAGAAUGUUCACAUACUUCCCCCUGCAAGCUCAGCGAUGCCGGAUUUACCACACCAGCCACGAGGUCCGACAGAGGCCAAGCUCGAAUGGCGACUCCACGGAUCGAGUGCCACAGCGGCAGCACGGGGGGGUCAAAGGCAUCCUCACUGUUGUCUGAGAGCAUCUCCGCAAGACACUCUCAGACAAACCAAGAGAACGAUGGGGAGAAGAGCUGCGACGGGCGGCGAAAAGCACCCUCUUCCCACAGCUCCGCGUGGUCAAAGAGCUACGAGGAAGGGUCUCCCGGCCCAGCGUCGCUGAAGGUCGUGUCAAGGCACAGCAAAAGCGGCGUCAGUGGUACCAUCAGCAGGGCUGCUUCUUCCGUAUCCUCCGCUGAUGGUCCCUCGCUGGUCCCCGUUCCCCCUCAUGGGAGGGGGAGCCACAGCUCGCAAGCUCAGACCGCGGGGAGCAGCAGACGCGACCGGUUACGCGUCACCUCCCGCAACAAUUCCUCGAUGGCAAUGGUGCCUGCGCGCUCACUCAAGGUGUCAGGGAGGGAAGACAGGAGCAGAGCAUCAUCAGAUGGAUCCAAGUCGAGGCCGGCUUCCUUGGGCUCCAAUUCGAGGUCGGAGCUGGAUGGAAAUGCAGGCACCGCCGUCACGAGGCGAUCCCGUGAUUCGGGCUCGGUGAACGAGAUUGAACGCACUGACUCCCAGCUUAGCGAGGCGCUCGUUUCGCAACUCACAGACCUCCCCGAGGAGUCUCCGGAAGACGUUGUCCGCAAAUGGCUAACGAGGAUUCCGUCAAGAGCCAGCACGAUUCAGGAUGAUUUCUUCACAGACUUAGAUUUGAUUCCGGAGGAAGAGCAUGGCGGCGGUGCUGCUGUUGCUGAUGCCGAUGCUGGAGCAGAGCACGAAGGUGACCUGGGACACAACGCCACACCUUUCGAGAGGAAUGGAGAAACGGGCAUGCUAUUGCAACCGCCAAGUGACGAUCAAGACGAGAGAUCUGCUUCCGAGACACAGGCAGAGGAUAACAGAGAUUGGAGUGUGCUCCACGAUUCCGGAAAUUGCAGGCAUUCGUCAGAGAAGGAAAAUGGCAUUAGGCAUGUUAGUGAGCAGCAACUCCGCCUCAACAAAAAACUCUUCCGGCUUCUCAAGCAGCUGUUCAGGAACCAGCUGUCACAUCCAGAGCUGAAGAAGUCGAACAGCAUGCCCGAGUUAACGGAUGAGUCUUGGGCGUUGCGCAACCAAAGCAUGGCUAUCAACAUUGCAGUGUCACUGCUGUCUUCCCUGGAGACAACUUCCAAUGAGGACGAAGCCAGCACGCCGUUUGUUCCCCUCACCGACGUCGCUCAGCGCCUUCGAAAGUUGGGUCCCGGCAGCAGCGACAGACACAGAUCUCUAACCUCUGAGCAACUCCUGCACCUUCGGAAGCUACUCACUUCUCAGAUGCAUGGGAGGCGCAAGCAGAUGGAGUAUUCGAGCGUGGCAGAGGGGCAGGUGGAGCCUGAAGAAAAGAAAGGGUCCACUUUGGUUGAGGAGAGUGGCGACUGCGGGAGGCCAGCAGUGUGCAACGAUAACGGCUACGGCUCCAACAACGGGAACAAGAAUGGAGAUGGCGAGUCCAAGAAAGCCCUCGAUGAUGAUGGUGAUGGCCAUCAAGAAGGUGUGGUGGAUGAGGAGGAAGAGGCUAACGAGGACGAAGGUUCCCAUGUCUUUAACGGUGAAGCAAAUGCAGACAUGAAUGGUUAUGGUUCGAAUGGAGAAGUUGACGAUGCUGAAGGAGUCGUUUAUGAAGAACAGAGUGAAGGUGAUGAGGGGAAGCAUGAAGAUGAUGAAGAAAGUGACGUGGCUGAAGAUAAACGGAGGCUGGAAAAUGGAGGUGAUGACGUGGCGAUGGAAAUUAACGAAGAUGUCUCGCAAGGAGGUGAUGAAAAAGCUGGAGAAAUGUGUGAAGAAGAUGAGGACAUCAUUGCCGAUGAGGCUCCUAAAGAGGAGGCUGGGAUUGAGGAAAUUGAAGAGGGUGGAGAUGAUUUUGAAGCAACAGGUGAGAGGGAAGUUGAGGCGGUAGAGGUAGGUAUCAGCAGCAGCAGAAGAAAAAGAGGAAAUGGCGGUGGCAGAUUGUAGCAGUGCUGUUGCCAGUGAGGGUACAGCUGUUGAUGAAGGUACGGAGGAUGGGAGCGAUUGUGAGGAUGAUGCGGCAGAAAACGGUGACGAGGGCGAAGAUGUGAGCAUAAAAGACCCUCAUUCGGAGCACACGGUUGGGGAGGUAGCUGAGGGUGAAGCAGAUGAGACGGGGGCGGACAAUGACGUUCAAAACGAGGCGGAGGUGGAAAUGAACGACAACACCUCACAAGCCAACGGUAAAACAGAGGACGGAGAGUCGGAGGCAUGUGACUUUGAACAAAAUGCAAAAGAUGACGAGGCAACUGAGAAGGAGAUGUCGCCUGAUGAGAUGGGGGAAGACGUUGAUGACGUUGAAGCAAACAGUGAAAAAUACGGUGGGGAAGAGGAGUGUACAGCAGAGGAUGAAUUGGCGCCUGUCAAUGGAGAUGAAGAUAAACACGAAGAAGUAGAUGAAGAGGGAGAUGCAGGUACUGGAGGAGAAGAUGAUAUCGCAGAUGAAGUGGUAGUGGAUGAGAAUGUCGAAGAUGAGGUAGGAGGUGAACACGAUGACUUGGAGCAGGAUGCUGAUCCCAACAACACAGCAUGUGUAGACGAAGAACAAGAUGAACAAGUAUAUCGAGAAGAUGAACUGGAGGAAGAAGAAGAAACUAAGGAACAACCAGAAGCACAAGAACAUCAGGAAGAAGUGGAACAAGAAGAUGGUCAACAAGUGCAGGAACAGGAGGAAGAGAUACAACAAGUUGAGAUACAAGAAGAAUCUCAACCAGAAGACCAAGAAGAAGAAACACAUCAACAACAAAUAGAAGAGGAACGACAACAAGAAGAACAUGGUGAGGAAGCAGAACAGGAAGAACAUCAAGAGGAAUCGAAAGAAGUUGAAUUAGAACAUCUCGAAGAAGCAGAAGAAGAAGAUCAACAAGAAAAUAUUCAUGAAGGAGCCGAACAAGAGCUGCAAGAAGAACAAGAACUGGAAAAAGCAAAGCAAGAAUGGGAUGAUCAAGGAGAAGAACACGAAGUCCAAGAAGAAGAAAAACAGCAUCAAGAAGAAAUGCAUGAAGAAACAGAUGGAGAAGAAAAUCAGGAAGAAGAGGACACAGAAAUUCCUGAUGCUGAAGACACGGGCGAGUGUGGUGAGACGUGUUCUAAAUCGGAAUCAUGUCCGGUUGAUAAUGAGGAUGGUGCAAAUGAAGAUUCUGGUGGAGAUGCCAGUAAGUCAAGUUGCUCAGAAGAUACAUUGAACAACGACAAUGCAGAGGAUGCAGUCGAGGAGAAGGCUGCUCCAGAAACUAGCCUCGAUAAUGACGAACAGAUGGCCACUGAGAAUGAGGAGCAAGUGGAAAUGAAUGACGAGAGCAGCAUCCAUGACGAGUUGAGUGAGAGUGAUGCUGAAAACGCCUCUCGUCCAGAGUCUGCAGGGCCUGGCACGCCCACACUCCAGGAGGAGGAUGGAAACCAGGAGGAUGGGAAGGAGGUCGAUAAUAUCGUCCAAGAGACAUCAACAUCGGCGAGUGACUCAGAGAAGGCUCACAGCGACCACGGCGAAGAGAGCGCAGACGGUGAUUCUUCCACAGAGGCAGAGGGGGACCUUGAAGAUGCGUGCACUUCAGUAACGGCGGUCGAAGAGCGGCAAUGCGUGUCAUCGACACCGCAGCCUCGUGAUGCUGGGAGGUGUAGAGACGUGGGGACUCAGGUGAGCCUGGAUGAGGAUGAGGCUUCUAGGAGGUGGAGGCGCCUGGCCUCUUCACAUGCAUUGGGUGAAGGACGAGGAGGCAGCACUGUCCCGACGCCUCCUACUCCCGACAUUGCAUCCCGCGUCUGCUGGAGCAGAAAUGAGAGCACCGAUAUGCCGCAUGAACAUGAAGUCGUGGAAAACCCGGAGCGAACGCUGAAGAAUCAGCAGCCGAUGGACGUCCUGUCAGCCGCGGAAGACAGUGACCCGCAAUGGAUCAUCAGCGAGAAUUACCUGCGGCGACGUGCCUUGCCUCAACAGUGCGUCGGAGAGCUGGACACGACCUCGGGAGAAACCUCGGAUGAAGCCAAAUACCUGAGGCUCAAUCGACCGCUCCAGAUGGAUGACAUCUCCUCCAGUGAAUUAGAGGACACACUCAGCCCUGAGCCGUGCUGUAACUUCUACCGGGAGCCGCACGGCACCGACUCAGAUCCCUUCCCGAGUGACGCGUGCAGUUUUGACAGCUUGAAGGCGGCAAAACUUCCCGCAGGGGAGAAAACGGCCUCAGCUUCAACUGACCACCUAGGGAGCGUUCGCUCGGAGACUCCAGCUACAGAGAAGUUUGUGGAAGCGACGGACAGACGUGCCUCCUUGAUGAGUGAAACAGCAGAGGCAGGCAGUGAUGAAGGCAGGAGCCUGGCGGCUUGCGGCAACUACUGCACCAUCCUCACAGCUCUGCAGACGGACGAAGGGAGGCUCUUUUCGCCCUACAGAAAGGUGUUUGACCCGAGUGACCCCUGGGUGGUGCAUUUGGUCUGCUCCCUGGAGCGGCAGUGCAUGGCCCAGUGGCUCAAUGUGCUGGAGGACGCAAAGACUCGAUGGGGCAUGGAGGGCGAGGAGAUCAACGAGAUCAUCCUGGAGGUGAAGCGAGAUGCGCAGAGGCGUAUCAGACGCGGCAUCUUGGCGGAGCUCGAGAAAAUCAAGAUCAGCAUCAUGGGGAAGGUGCCACAAAAAGUCGGCGGUUCAAUGGUCGAGAGCGUCGCAUCAAGGAUGUUGAGGAAGAGCUCGCCUGGAAUUCUGGAGGCACAGUCGCGGAAUCUAGCCCACGUGAUUGCGGAGCUGAAUCAAAAACAAGGUCACAACAACAAUGACAACAACAAUGGCAACGGAAAGAGUGUGAGUAUCGAAGGUGACCCGUCUACUCUGAGGGUGACUGAAGAAAAUGUGUACGCGACAUUCCAGAUCCCCCAGAUUAUAAAGGAGUUUGACCUAAAGUUGAUUCUUAACGCUGAUGCCGCAGCGCCAGGGGGAGAUGGGGACCUGGAUGACAACAAUGGAAACCCAGGCAAUGCCGAUCAGGAGGAUGAAGAUCACGAACUCUUGUCUCAAGGGCAUGUGUCUACAGCACUCAACGGUGAGUCUCUCGUCGGCACUGAUGCGGAAUUUGCCGACAACGAAGCCACAGAGGGACAGAGUGAGUCGGCUUGUCAAGACUAUGCGGAUGGCAGCAUCGAAACCGAAGAAGCGGAAAACUGCGUCAAUGAGGUUGCAGGAGACGAAGAGGUUGAAGCUGCAGCUCACAUCAAUGGAGAGGAAGUUUUGGAAGCAAGGGAAUGUGAAGGUAGCCUUCCGGAAAGUGCCACAGAAAAUGAUAAUGAUCGCGACAAUGACGGUGAUGACAGUGAUGGAGCUAGGGAAGAAACGGCCAUUAAAGAAGCGGAGACCGGUGGUGAAAAUGCUGAAGCGGAUUUGACUCUGGAGGAUGAACUUCCCGAAGACUCUGAACAGGAUCCACAAAUGGAAGCAUGCGAAGAUUGUGAGGAAGAGGUGCAGCCAGAGAGUAGUGAAGUUAAUGAUGGCAAUGAGAAAGAGGAAGGUGGUUCUGGAGAAAGUGACGAAGAAGAUGCAGGGGAAGUUGCAGUGCUGAACAAAGAUGAACUGGACAUGGCGAAUGGCGGUGUUGAAGAUGGAGAGGCUGGUGAUAGUGAUGCAGGGAGUGGUGUUGGGCAGGAAAAUGCAGAUGAAGACAACGUCAAGGAGGGAGACGAAGUAGAACCACAAAGUGAACACGGAGCUGCAAGUGACCAGGCAGACGGCAGUGAAGACGCAGACAUGAGUCAGGGUGAUCACGCGAAGGAAAGUGAAACAGGGGAGGACGAUGUGAGUCAGGAAAUGGCGCGUGAAAAAGAUGCCACAGCUGACGACGACAACGAGGUGGAAAAUGGUUCAGGAGAACAAGACGAAGAGGGCGAGGAGGAGGACGUUGACGGGAGUGGCGGUGACAGUGGCGAGGGAGGUGGAUCGAAUCAGGAUGUACUGGAUCCACAAAGCGGUGCUGAGGAAGAAGGCGGCGGAGGUGAUGAUGAAGUUGGGGAAAAUGUCAGCGGGGAUGAGGGUGAUGCAGAGCAUGCGCAGAAAGAGGCAGAUAAUGGAAUUGCUGAAGCUCAGGGUGAAGACGAACGCAUAGACGCAGAUGACGCUCUGGAGCAGGAAGAUGCCAACGAAGGUGGUGAUGACUGUGAUGUUACUGGAGACGAAGGUGGCGAAGAGGAGGUGGGAACCAAUGCCAAAGAAGAAGGAGAUGAGGAGGCAGCGAUGUCGGACGAAGUCUCGCAAAACGGCAGCGCGCCUGAAGAGGAAGAUUUGCAAAAUUGCGACCAAGAUGACGACACGAGUGGUAGCUGUGAAGCCCCCAAGGAGAACGUGGUAGACGAAAACGAGGGGGGGGAAGAUGAGGGUGAAGCAGCAAUCGGAGAUGAGGAAGAGCCUGUAGCUGAAGACUGUGAUGGUAGCAUUGGCAACGAUGGGGACCAUGAUGUCGCUGAAAACAAGGGGGUUGGUGAUGAUGAUGAUGAUGGACACGAUGAGGGUGAUGACGUGGAACCAGAGGGAGUUGAAGGGGAUAAUGUGGAAGACAAUGAAGAUGUAGGUGAAAAUGUGGAGGAGAGUGAUGCUGGUGCGAAUCAGGCGGGUACCGAAGAAGACGCUGAAAAGGAAGACGAUUUGCAACAGGAUGAAGAGAACGCUGAGAGCACGGAGGAUGUGGAGGCGGGGAUGUCGAAUGAAGAACCGCGCGAGGAGGACGGUGAGGCUGGUGUUAGCGUAACGUCUGAUGAGGCUUGCGAGCAAAGUGAGGAAGUGCGGGAAGAGAACGAGGUGGUUGAGCACAAUGGGGUGAGUGAAUCCAACGGAGAAUCGAGUCCCGUGGCGGAGGACGAGAAUGCAUUGCGACACACAACAGACAAUGACGGGAAGGAAGACAGCAGCAGAAAUGGGGAGGAAGAAACUUCUUUAGAGGGCGAAAGCAAAGAGGGUGAAGACCAAAAAGUGGAGGCCGAGGAGGAGGAGGAGGCCAACGAAGAAGACACCGACGUUGGAUCUUGUGACAGCAGCACGGCGGUGAAGGGUUCCAGCAGCUCGUCGCAGGGAGCGGAAGAGGCCGGAGCCGUGCAUGCUGAUGAAUCGGAGGGGACAGUUGCUGCCUGCGGAGGAGCCGCGUGCGUGAGCGGGCGUGCGCGUCGUUCGAGGUUCUCGACGAAGAGCAUCGCCGGAGAGGAGCAGUGCGUGGACGACAUCGAUGGCGAUGAUCUAGAUUUCUGAGCUGCCCAUUGCGUAGAUGUUGGCGAUGUUUCAGGUGACGUUCAUGAGGUUGGCCAUCAUUUCUUAAGAGGCUCCAGUAAUCAACCACAAAAGAGUAAGUAGAUUACAACUCUCUCAACUGAAUCGGCGAAUUGUCCCAGCCCAAACAUGGAAGUGACGUCACUGGUGUUCCAUAAUGACACACUCGAAUAUAACUUUGAAGUCUCUUUUUUUCCUCAUGUUUUUAUUCAUGUGGGACAGCCUGGGACACAGGAUCUGGGUGUGCAAGUCCGAGAGAGACAGUUAUUGGAUUGUAUCUCACUCCAAGCACUCUUUGCAUGUUUCAUUACUGCACAGGACUUCACAUAUCCGCCCCCACCAAAUAACGUCCUCACCAAUGACAGUACUGUAUAUGUCCUGGUGUAACCCUUUUAAUUUUUGUGGAUAUUCACAAAUCCGACCUUUUCACAUAUCCCCAGCGCAAUUGUGCUCAGCUAGCUAAAGCAAAGGUUCUGUAAACCGCGUAUUAUGUGAACCUGUAUGCAUCAAGAAACGCAACAAGCAAGAAAGACGUUUGAAUGUAAAACUCUCAAAUCCGGAGGGUAUCCCUGCUGAAAUGAGAAAUGGGAGCGAUGGCUCAUCUCUGUUGGCGGUUCGAAACCAGUGGCAAAGUGGUUGUAUUUGUGACCCAGAAGGGAUGGUGGGCUGUUCUGACCCCCCCCAACCCACGACUUUCAUGAUUGGAGGUCGAUCGUUCGGAUAUAAACUGAAUGCCGCGCUGCUGAUGUGAAAUGUCUGAAUGCUUGCAUGCGAGCAAUGUGUGUAGAAUAUGGUGUACUGUAUUUGAUUUGAUUACUUGAAUGUAAAUCGCUUCACCUUAUCCAUUCGCGCGCAACGACACCGUGCACCGUUUGCAUAUUUCGCCACCAUUAUUAGCAAACAUUGCCUCGGAACUGAAAACAAAUCUAACUCAGGAUCAUGUUCGAGGUAAUGACCUUCCUCAGAGCAGACUCAAUCCUUACUGCUUCUCCCCCCUCCUUCGUCUCGCUCCACUCCGGUUUACGCUCUCUCCGCUCCAUCAACCAAGGCCUUCUGUCAAAGCGGCCAGCUAUCAUAUUCUUAGGUUUUUUUCGGUAAA